CUCGAAUCACUCCCUGCUCGUUUUCGAGUUCAAAUGUCGUCGAGCUAUGAAGGGAAUGGCCGGCAUGGCCAUGAGAUAUUUGUUGAUUGACAAGCAAUCAAUUGGUGAUAUAUGGAGCAACGUCCUCAUUUCUUUGCCGGCACUGACAAGUUGCGUGGACACAGAGUUUGUCCUGGACACCCGCCGUAUCCCCGAUGGCGCGGGCCUCGACGAGCUCGUUGAAAGAGUGAAAGAAACCUUGGUACCGGACCGGAAUGAAGCCGUUCAGGACAACCGUAAUUGGGCUUCAAUAGAAUGGACAUGGCAAGAAUACGCAAAUCGCGGUCAGUAAUCAGGGAGAAAAGGGAAAAUGUAUUAUCUAACGGCGCGGCUGGGAAUCAAUGGGCGGCCCCAAAUCUGUAGCCAUUGCCUACGAAGGCAAUAUUGCUUUCUU